UUAUUUGUUUAUUUUUUUCUGCCAGUGCUACUACCCCUACAGCUGAUAAGUAAAUAACGCCUAACCACUUUAGUCACUCUCUACUCUCCCCUUUCACCAUCAUUUGCCUCAAUUUUAAACUUAGUCCAUCAUGAAUGGAAUGGACUCAGUAAUCAAGUUGUUAGUGCUAAGACAUUGGGGAGCUUUAAGAGAAGAUUAGACGGACUUAUGGAUGGGAAUGAUAGGUAGAAAUAGGUAGGUAUAUUUCGUACAGGGACUGCUAUGUGUAAGCCUGGUGGUUUCUUGCAGCUUCCCUUAUUUAUUAUGUUCUUAUGUUCUUAUCUCCUGUGCUACAAAGCAACAAUAUACCCUUUGUGAAUGUAAUCUUGUUCAGUGUUUUUUUUUUUUUCUAAAGACAUCAAUAUAUUCUAGGGAACUUGUAUUUUGUAACCCUUAAACAGAGCUCCCCUCUGUGAUAAAAACCACUUCUGUAAUCCUGCAAAAAAGUGUAGAAAAUGGAAAGCAAAAAAGUAUGUGCACCGCCUCCCUGUAGUUUGCAAAUUGUAACAGAUGCCUGUAUCAUUCUCAGAGUCACCACCUUCGACCUCACACUCACCACAGCAGCCUUCCCAACUCCCACUUUUGAGAACAAUUUCUACAAGACACACAACAUAAGUAAAACCAUCGGAGUGGCAGUGCUGCAAGUUUUCUACAGCACACUGGAAAAACACUUAGUUGCUGAACGACCCAAAUAUGAGGAUUUAGCAACUCUGGUGAGCAACAUUGGAGGCAUUGGUGGUGCCUACCUUGGCCUCUCCCUCAUUGCCUUAACUGAAUUCUUGGAUAUUAUCUCUCAGGCUGCCAUGAAGAUGAUUUUCUAAACACUCUGCAGCUGUUUAUUCAUCCAAUAUGUACACAAUAAUUGCAUCAAAUUUUCUUUGUAUUUAAAGCUAUAUAACUGUAGUAGCUCCA